UGUGGAGGUUGUGGUGGCUGUGGCUGUGGUGGCUGUGGCUGUGGUGGCUGUGGCUGUGGUGGCUGUGGCUGUGGCUGUGGCUGUGGCUGUGGUGGCUGUGGUGGCUGUGGUGGUAGAUGCUGUGGCUGCUGUGGCUGCUGCCGUCGCUGCUGUGACUGCUGCUCCCCCAUCAUCUACUGCUGUCGCCAUAGUUGCUGCAACUCAUGUGGCUGUGGUGGUUGUGGCUGUGGCUGUGGCAAGUGCUGCUGUCAGCAGAAGUGCUGCUGCCAGAAGAAAUGCUGUGCUAGGAGGUUGCUUCUCUCUGGUGUCAGACAAUGA